CGAGCGUUUGCAUUUUUCGAAGGCAGACACAGAGCAGUAACAAUUAAAACCAACGACCGAUUGGAGGCACCAUUUAAUGGUAUACAACCGAGUAUCCUCAGCUGAAACGUGUAGUAAAAAAGAUAGCCAGAGCUGUGAAAUUAAAUUUUAUUUCAAAAACGCUUUCACAUAACAACAAAGAUAGCAGAUACAACACACACAACAAAUAUUAAUGGGUGAAAUUGGAAACAGAGAAACGGAGAUCUGCCACUGACAGGGGGCAGGUUAACAGAAAUACAAUUUGCCUCUGCCGAAUGGCAAUUUAAUUGCUGAAAAUAUUUAGCACUCAAUUUAAAUUUAGCCACAAUAGGAAAAGGUCUGGAAGCCUGGCAGGAUGGCUGGAUACCGUAGGAGUCCUCAGCUGCAGCUAUAUGCACUCCUGGUCCUGUUUGUCUCGGUGUUUGCUUCAUUACCAGGCGAACUUCAAGAAGCAGCAGCAGGAGGUGAAUCAAGAAUGGAUGUUCUAGGACUAACGCCGGGCCAGAGAGUCCUGGCUGCAGUGCCAGCAUCGGGACGCGUCAGUUUUUUGCUUUACCAAUUAGCUUCGGCCAUAAAUUCAGCCGCCGACGGCCUGCAGGAACAAGUGGAGGUGGAAGUGCUGGAGGAUCGGGAGCAGUUCCUGGCCACCAACCCGGAUCCCAACUGGCUGGUCGCCAUGGCCACUGAGUUUCAGAAUGUGCCCGUGUAUGAGACUUUUCCGGCAGACUUGCAGCAUUGGCUGAUGGAUAGCUAUGGCAUCAGUGCCACGGAUGUCUUCCACAGCUGGGCAGGAUUCAACAGCAGGACAAGAGCUGCUCCCCGGAAGAGCCAACUGAUCUGCACUGCCGAUGGACAGUGUUAUGAGGUCAACAAAAUUGUCACUGCCUGCUGUCCAUUCUGAGCACUCAAUAAAUGCAUUGAAACAUUGAAAACAA